UCAAAGAAAAAUGUCUACUUCCUUCAAAGAGUUUGCAAUCAGCCAAACUAUCCGGAACAUCUCCAAAUUUCUGAAUGGAGAGCAAUACUUCACUGAUGUGGAAGAACGAUUUAAUAUUCCAUGGAGAAUGAGAAUAUGCAAGCUCAAUGGUGAUUUGGUAUUUUAUUUGCAAUGUGACAAAGAAGAAUGUGAAACCAGGAAGUUUUCUGUCGAAACAGAGUUCACGUUGAAGUUGGUGUCGCCUUAUGGGAGAAGUUUGACCAGGAAUAAGGUGCACACAUUCAAAGAGCUGAAAAUGGGAGGUUGGCACAAAUUCAUCAGUUGGGAGGAACUGGAAAAUGACUAUAUGGUUGAUGACAGUGUUAUAAUUGAAGCGUAUGUCAAGAUUAUUAAAAUUUCAAAUGUCCCGUGCAUUGCUCCCAAGAAUCUGAAAACAUUUAUGCUAAAUCAAACUGUUAGAAAUGUUUCCAACAUUCGAGAAGGAAAUAAAUAUCUUACUAACACUGAAGUUCGUUUUGGUAUUCCAUGGUGUCUCGUGAUUAAAAGAAAGGAUGGAUUUUUCAAACUAUUCUUACGAUGCUAUAAAAAAACGUCUAGAAUCAAUAAUUGGUCCAUUGGAGUUAAAUACACGCUGAAAUUGAUGUCCGUGGAUGGCCAGAGAUUAUUAUACAACACAAAACACACUUAUACAAAUAAUACGGAUUGCGGCUGGGAUAAGAUAAUCAGGUGGAAGGAUAUGGAGGAGAGAUUUCUGGUGAACGACAGUAUCAUUAUUGAAGUUUGCGCGAACAUUGUGGAGAUGACUGGAUGUGAGGAUGUAGAUGAUUUAAGCGAAGAGCUCUCUUUUAUUAUGUGAUCACUAUUGGAGGACACAAUUACUCGGUGGAAAUUCUCAUGUGAAUAAAUUUUAAUAAAAUUAAAACUGUACCUUUCCAA